UUAUUUAUAUAUUUACUUUUUAAAUCUACAGUAGCACUCAAAAUUACAUUACUGUAGUCAAACAAAUCAAUAUUUUUGAAACAUCUUUAUUAUUAUUUAUUCAUAAAUAGUAGAAACAGUUGUCUUUCAGUCUUUCAGGCCCGCAUACUCAGUUUCAGUUUUGUCUAGAUGUGUAUCAGGGCAUGCUUUAAAAUACGUUUAAAAGUUAUUUUCAAGAAUAUAUUUGAUAUAAUAUCUGUUUCUAUGCUCUCUUGUACUUCAUAAUCUUAUCUGUUACAUUGUCUGUACUUUAAAUUCCUGCUCACGUGCAUAUCACGGGCUAUGGCGGUAUGAUGUCAGUGCUGGGGACGAAGCGGCGUAAAGAUCCAUGUGAAGUUUCUGCGAUAUGUUUAUUCAUCCCAUGAGAACCAUCGCAUGAACUGCACUGAAAUCUGUGACGAAACAUGCUACGAAAGGAAACGUCUCGCUGCUACCAAGAGUUUAAUGAUGAGGAUUGUUCACGAGAGACUGCACCUUACCAGCACGAUGAAGAUGCUCCCCAGGAUCAAGAUGAAGCCAACGAUGAUGUCUUACCAGAUGAGGAUGUUCUUGACAGUGGUCUGCACUCUACCGCGUUCAAUAAAACUUGUUUAAAAAAUGUCCUCACGGUCAUUCUUGUUCUCAUCUACCUUCUGCUAACAACUGUGGCUGUAUUUCUGGCCUACCAGACCAUUUCAGACUUCUUGGAGAAACUUAAUCAUCCUGUAAUGUCUGUAUCAUUUAAAGAGGUUGAGAUGUUUGCUCCAGCAGGAAUUGCACUGUAUCCGGGAAAAGCUCGGUUAUUAAGCUGUCGGCACCACUACCAUGAUCACAUUCCUUCUCGCUUGUUGGCAGGUCAGCAAGAGGACAGUGACUGUGUAAUAAAGGAAGUUAUUUAUAAUGACCCGUACACAAACCAUACAAAACAAGCCCUGGUGGUUGAAGGUCCAACAGAUGUCAGGAACCGAGAGCUCAUAUUUCUACAGUUCAGUCAGAAUGAAACGGAAGAGGACUUCAGUGCCAUCAGUUACAUGCUGUUUGCACAGUUCAGUGAUUUGGUUAAAAGCACAGAUAAAGCUGAAUUCAUGAGGGAGUGUGAAAAGAACUACUCAAUGUGGACUUUCUCUGGUGGCUUUCGCACCUGGGUCAAAAUGUCCUUGGUUAGGACAUCUGUGAAAGAAAACGAAUCUGUCGAAUUCAGGCAAGAGUCCAAUGUAGUGAAGUACAAUGACAGGAGGCCCCAAAAAAACCAAACUGAUGAGCUUUUUUUUAUUGUGUUUCAAUGGCGAGAUCCAUUUAUACAACAAGUUAAAGAUAUUGUCACUGCAAACCCAUGGAACACCAUAGCCAUUUUGUGUGGGGUCUUGAUGGCUCUUUUUAAAGCUGCCAACUUUGCCAAACUAAGUAUUAAGUGGAUGAUCAGAAUUCGCAAAAGACACCUAAGAACAAAAAUAAGGGAGCUGAACCAAAUCAGUUGACUGGCGAAUAAGACUCCAUUGAUCAAUGUUCACUAUCAACACUUUCAAUGUUCACCAAAAAGACUUUAAUGUUAAAGAUAAUGUUUUAUAUUUUUUUAACUGAUUUCAACACAACAGAUAAUUUUUAUUGAAUCACUAUUUUAUAACUUGAAAUUUUAGAAUGACUACUGACAUUAUUUUAAAUAUUAAUACUAAUAUUCUUUGCACUAGGGCUGGAUAAGGAUCUAUCACACUAGCUUUAACAAUGUAUAGAAUCUUCUAUAAUUCUAAGUCUUCUAUAAGUCUUUUCUUGAAAAAAUUAAUGGCAGAUACUGUCAUCUUAUUUUUUUGUUUAUGGACCAACUUCAAAGUGGACUUAGGACUUGAUCUCUGACUUGAUAUCUGUUGUGUGUGUUUAUGUUUCACCACUGACGGUUAUUUGUGACCAAAUCCAGUUGCAACAUAAUUUAAAUCUGCUUAAUUUUAAAUAAUCAUAAUAGAAUAUUGUGUAGAAAUUAAAUUCAUUAUGUUUUUGUAAUGUCUGUUACUAUUUCUGUAACUGUGUGUAAUCGUCAACUUUUGAAGCAGCAAACAAUCUUUAAAAAGAUGUUUGAUGUGUAUUGUAUUGGGAUAAUCACUAUAUAUUAGUUUUUUUUUGUUGUUGCUGCUCUAUUUCUGUACUGCACUGCCUGAUCAAAAUAUUUCUUUCA